GUGCCUGCAUGUCAAAACUCAGUCGUCAAUAUGAAGGCCUUCGCUUGUGUUUUAUUCUUGACUACCUUAGUUUGGGCCCAGAACAUUGAGGUCCCUACGGACAGCUGCAUGUGGAGGGGAGCCAAGUACGGUCAAAUGAACGCAUGCGAGCCGAAUGAAAUUGUCGUGGGAUCUUGCGGAUCUGGGCGGAGAGACGAUUGUGACAGUGGACAAUGGCACCAAUUGCUCUGUUGCAAGAUGCCCGAGUACACUUAUGAGAACUGCCUGGAGUACAAGGGCGAACAUGGUCAAGACAUUAGUUGUUCACAACAAGCCCAUGACGACAGCAUGUUGCUGCAAGGUGCCUGUGGAUCAGGACUUCAACAUGAUUGUGGCGGCACCACUCACAUCGCUAAGUGCUGUCAUGGACAUCUUGCUGAUGCUAAAUUGAAAUCAACUGGAACGUGCUAUUGGAUAUAUGGAUACCAUGGCGAGAAGAUCCAAUGCAAUCGUCGCGAUGAGGCUGCUUUUGGUCGAUGCGGAUCUGGAUAUAAAGACGACUGCGGCACCGAGAAAUGGCAUGGACUUCAAUGUUGUCAACUGACCACAGCUGCCUAAGAUUCCCAAUAAAGUUAUUGCAUCCAA